UGUAAACCGUCACUUGCCACUUCCGGCGUCUAGCGUAGCCACAGUUUUGUUUAUAAAUGGCCGCUUCAAGGGCCAUGUAGAUCGCUUUGCUUGCGCUGCUUUCAAAAUCAAGAUGGGGAAGAAAAUUGAAAAGGCCCUAUCCAAAGAGAAAAACCAGUCUUCAGUUAGCCAAGAUGUAGAUGACGACCCAAACAAGACUGCAGAGCCAUCAUACAAGUGUGUGGGAAACUUUCAAACAGACUUUCCAGAGAUGUGUCGUCGAAGCACCAUAGUUCCAAGUCCCUCUGUUGUCAUGAGGCCAAAACCUGGCCCACCACCACCACCACCAGAAACAAAGCCUGAAAAGGGAAGUAAGGAGAAAGGGAAGCAAACUGCACCUAUACCAGAGCCAGAGCCAGAGCCAGAAGUCAAUGAAGAUGGAGAGCCAGUUGAGCCACCACCGAAAACAUACACAACAAAAGACAAGUUUGAAUAUUUUAAGCCAUGCGUUCAAGUGGAAAUAGAUCCACUUGAUAAAGGGGAAGCUGUCACAGAAAUUUAUAUCAGAGGUUGGAAAAUUGAUCAGACAAUGAUGGAAAUAUUUCAGUCAUGCUGGCCUCCCUUGGAAAAACUCCAUACAAUAAACUUGUGGGAAGCUGGUCUGACUGGAGAAAUGCUUCAUCUCAUGGCAUCUUUCCUCCCAUUAUGUGUAAAUCUUAAAAAUCUUAUCCUAGAUGGUAACCCUGUAAAAGAAGAGAAUUUUCAUGAGCUCAUAGGAGAAGACAGCAUUAUUCAAAACCUUUCAUUGCGGUUUUGCUGCAUUAGUGAAGUUGGAGCCAGAAACAUUGGUGCAUCACUGGGCACCACUAAGUUUGCAAACACCAAGCUGCUUUCCCUAAAUCUUUCUGGCAACUGCAUAGGUGAUGAAGGUGCCUGUCACAUUGCAAAGGGCCUGAGACUUAAUCGAAAUUUACUUUCUUUAACCCUGUCUUCAAACAAAAUUGGCAAUAAGGGUGCAGCAAAAAUUGCAGAGGCCUUGUCCCGCUUUGCUUUAUGUCAUGAGGAGGUUGUUGAGCGACGACGACUUAUGUCAGAAAGAGGGUCACCAGAUAGAAAAACACCACCACCAAGCCGACGAGCUGACUCCAAGGACAGACCCGGCAGUGUCCGCAGCUCAGGCACACAUGCUGAUACAAAGAAGACACGCGAAAAGCCUUCUGCUAGAAAGAAGGAACCAAAAGGAAAGGAGGCAAAAGAUCAAGAGAUAACAAAAGGAGGGAAAAAGGAAAAAGAAGAUCCAAAAGGGACACAAAAGAAAGCAUUAAAUGCACCCAAGCCAAAAAAGAAGCAAGAGAUAGCAAGCCAGGGGAGUUCAAGCCAAGCUACUUUCCGGCUUGUGUCUACUUUGGCCGCUUCAAUGGUUACUGAUGGUGCAAAAACAAUAGGUAUGAAGACUAAAGACAAGAAGAAAGACAAGAAACCUUCAGCAACUGAAUUAGAGGUUGAUGUCUUAGAGGUUAUCAACCCUUUGAUGGAGGAAGCAGACUUCAUUGAUGGAGAGUUGAUGAUUGCAGGAAACCGUGUUCUCAUCAACCUCAAUCUAUCAAGAAAUGAAAUAGGAGAGAGUGGACUGCAGGCACUGCUUAAAGCAGUCCAGUACCAGACAACGCUGACGCUGGACAGUCGUAGCAGUGGAACUGGCCUCAUGCGGCUUUGUCUUACUAGAAAUGCUGUCCCAGCAGACAAUGAUAUUCUCAAGAAGAUAACUGACCACAUGAUAGCAAAAGAUCCUUUCUACAAAAGUCCAGUCACACCAGACAGCGAGCAAUCUUAAUGCAUCAAACUUUUCCUAUGGUGUAUUAACUGUAGCUGGAAGUUCUUGAAACCUUGUCACAAUCUGAGGUGCAAAAGGAAAUGCUGUAACCUUCUAUGAGGAAGUCAAGACAGCACUUAUCUUGGCACUGGUUUUUAUUGUUGUUGUUUUUUUUUUGUAUAUAAGGGAAAUGCCUCUCAUUCCCUAUACCUCAGACUCAUUUAACAACUGUCAUUGUAUAAAAGCUAAUAAAAAUAACUUUUCCAGUUUU